AUUCGAAAUCGUAAGUAGAAUUAUAACUUCAAUUAACAAUGGUGAAGGACACUACAUACUAUGAUAUAUUGGGAGUUGAACCCAGUGCCACAGCUCUUGAAUUAAAGAAGGCCUAUAGAAAACAAGCCAUUAAGCUUCAUCCUGAUAAAAAUGCUAAUGAUCCUAAAGCAGCUGAAAAAUUCCAAGAACUUGGUGAAGCUUAUGGUAUACUUCAAGAUGCUGAUUCGCGUGCACUCUAUGAUGAAUUAGGAGUUGAAGGAUUAAAGAAUGAGAACUCUGGAGGUGCAAAUACUGAUAUUGAUCCUUCAGAAUUCUUCACUAUGGUUUUCGGAGGUGUAGCCUUUCAAGAUUGGAUUGGAGAAUUAUCAUUAAUUGAUGAAGCAUCGAAAGCUUCUGAAAUCUUAGGUGAAGAUGAAGAUGAUUCUACGGUAGUCGAUGAGAAAUUGAAUCAUGAUGUUUCCGAUUUAACUUUGCAUAAUAAUAAUGAUGUUAGUAAGAGACCAUCUGAGAUUACCAGUGAGACAUUAGAAAAGAAGAGAAAGCAAAGAAUCUCUAAAGAACAAAGAGAUAAGAUUAUAAAAAUGCAAGAAGAAGCCAGACUCGCCAAGAUUGCUAAGGUUAAUAAGUUGUCUGAAAAUUUACUUUCCAAAAUUGAAAAAUAUGAGACAGCCGUUACUAAUUCUUCUGCUCUUGAACAAUUCACUAGUAAAUUGCAUCAAGAAUUUGAAGAUUUAAAGAUUGAAAGUUUUGGUAUAGAAUUACUUCAUUUAAUUGGUAAAAUUUAUACCACUCAAGCUAAUGCAACCAUUGCAUCAUCUAAAACUUUUGGUGUAUCAAAAAUAUUCUCAUCUACUAAAAAUGCAGCUACUACGGUUAAGAAUGGUUAUUCUAUCUUAAAAUCCGCCGUUGAUACGCAAUCAUACGUUGAAGAAAUGAUGAAAGAAGAAGAAGUAUUACAACUUGCAGAAUUGAAUGGUAUAGAGAUUUCUGAUGAAGUCAGAUAUAGACAUGCUGAAAAGCAAAGAAUAAGUAGUGGUAAAAUGGUGGCAACUGCUUGGGCUGCUACUAAGUUUGAAGUUACUGGAGUACUUAAUAAAGUAUGUAAGCAAGUAUUGAACGAUAAAUCACUCACGAAGAAAGAAAAACUCUCUCGAGCUAAGGCACUUUUGUUUAUUGGUAAACAAGCUUCAGCAGUCCAGAGAUCUCCUGAAGAAGAUGAAGAAGCUAGAGUGUUUGAAGAAAUGAUGGCAGAAGCUAAUGCAAAGAAAAACCGUAGAGCAGGUAAAAUGUCAGAUAGAGAUAUAGAAGAAUACUUAAGACAUGCGGCUUCGGAAGAUUCGGAAAUCAGUAGUAAUGCAAGUACUACUGCAACUGGUGCUACUGCAACCGGCACAGCUGCUUCCACAUCUCAAUCUACUGCCAAUAGUACCAAAUAGUACCCAAUAGUAUAAACAUCCCCCCAUUAAAUAGACUAUGAAAUUGUAUGUAGUGCGAAACCCAAUUUUUUUUCAUUUUGUCAUCAACGGCCUCGAUCCGAUUUUUUAGAUAAUGAGAUUGACAUUA